UCGAAGGGCAUUGGAGUCCAGCUUGCCCUCGAGCUACUAGAGGUCGCGUUCUUCCGCUGCUCCCUUUCGUUCUGUCGGGCGGAGCCUUCCGUGAGCACGGCUGGAUUUGUCUGUGCUACCGUCUCUCUUCUGGGUUUCAAUAAAGUUUUCCUCUUCCUUCCCCUGUACGGAGCUCAAGAUGGCGGCCUCUUGGUCGCCCUUGGUUACCCUGCGCUUAGCGCCGAGCCGGCUGAGAGGAAGAUGUGUCCGGUGCAGGGCUUGGGCCGCUGCUCUCCCCACUUCGGUCACCGCCCCUGGAAACCCCUUUUGUAAAGCCUAUACAGUUCAGACAGCCAAGAGUAUGUCUUCAACUGCUGCUACAGAGGUUUAUUCAAAAGCUUUAGCUGUUUGCCAUGGACCACUGGACCACUAUGACUUUCUGAUCAAAGCUCGUGAGCUAAAGGACGAUGAACAUCAAAGAAGAGUUAUACAGUGUUUGCAGGAAUUACAUGAGGAACUUAAAGGAUACAGUAUAGAGGCAGAAGGCCUUUUUUCUAAGCUUUUUUCAAGGAGCAAACCUCCAAGGGGCCUGUAUGUUUAUGGAGAUGUUGGUACAGGGAAAACAAUGGUGAUGGACAUGUUUUAUGCUUAUGUGGAAAUGAAGAGGAAAAAACGGGUUCAUUUUCAUGGUUUCAUGCUAGAUGUUCACAAAAGAAUACACCGCCUUAAACAGAGUUUGCCAAAAAGGAAACCAGGAUUCAUGGCUAAAUCAUACGAUCCAAUAGCUCCUAUAGCUGAAGAAAUCAGUGAAGAAGCAAGUCUUUUAUGUUUCGAUGAAUUUCAGGUCACUGACAUUGCUGAUGCCAUGAUUCUGAAACAGCUUUUUGAAAAUCUGUUCAAAAACGGGGUCGUCGUUGUGGCAACAUCCAACAGGCCACCGGAAGAUCUCUAUAAAAAUGGACUCCAAAGAGCUAACUUUGUACCAUUCAUAGCUGUCCUGAAGGUCUCUAAGGCAAUGGGAGAGUGGAAUGCAUGUAUUUGGGCAAUACUGUAUUUCUUUCUGGAAUACUGUAAUACUGUCCAGCUAGAUUCUGGGAUAGAUUAUCGGAAAAGGGAACUUCCUGCUGCAGGAGAACUCUACUACCUCACAAGUGAAGCUGAUGUGGAGGCUGUCAUGGAUAAGUUGUUUGAUGAGCUGGCUCAGAAACAAAAUGAUUUAACUAGACCAAGGAUUCUAAAAGUGCAAGGCAGAGAGCUGCGGCUGAAUAAAGCCUGUGGAACCAUUGCCGACUGCACAUUUGAAGAGCUGUGUGAGAGACCACUUGGAGCCAGUGACUAUUUGGAACUGUCAAAGAAUUUUGAUACAGUAUUUUUACGAAACAUUCCACAAUUUACCCUGGCAAAGAGGACCCAAGCUCGGAGAUUCAUAACUCUCAUUGAUAACUUUUAUGAUUUCAAGGUGCGCAUAAUUUGCUCUGCAUCAACUCCCGUAUCAAGCUUAUUUUUGUAUGAACAUCAUGACAGUGAGUUGGAGCAAAGCAGAAUACUGAUGGAUGAUUUGGGGCUGAGCCAGGAUUAAUAGAGAAAAUGGAUUGUUGUCGAACAUCAAAGAUUUCCCAGAAAGAGGGCACCAUCUUGUGGUCAGUGGAAGAACUGACAAAAACAAAUGUCUAAGAAUCACGGAGUUGGAGAGCCAAGGUUGUCAAAAUUGUAGUUCCCAGGCCUACCCUGGAGAGUCAGAUGCAGUUGGUGAGAUGUGGGACCCCAGGUAGGUACUUGGUAGAGCUCCCCGUGGGAUUCUCCCCAGGGGAUUCUAAUGUGCAGCCGGGGUUGAUAACCGCCAAUCAGGAGGUCUUUCCCCUGACCACACAGAGUUGGGCCCAUGUGGGACUCCUGACUCCUCACCAGGGCACUUUCCAGAGAGUAGAGGCUGCUGCUGUGAUGCACACCAAGGCCUCUUAAGGGCCUCCCUGCCGCCUCCGAGAGCCUGUUCCUCUUCUUCCUUCCUCUGCUUCUCCUCCUUCCCUAGACUCUCCUGCCUUCUCCACCCCUACUACAGCAGACUAGCUAACCCACCAGUGCUUCCUACUUUGCAAAGCACUCGCUUCUACCCUAUCAUUUCAUCCACAGCAAUUCUCUGAAGGUGUGAUUAUCUUUACUUCCUAAGAGGAAAUGGAGGCUCAAGGUGACACAGCCUGGAAACAUGUCUUCUAGACUCAAUUCUUGUGCUAAUGGCCUUGUCUGCCACAGCAGUACUAAUAAUAGCCCCCAUUUAUUUUUUAUUUUAUUUAUUUAUUUAUUUAUUAUUUUUUUUGCGGUACGCGGGCCUCUCACCGUUGUGGCCUCUCCCGUUGCAGAGCGCAGGCUCCGGACGCGCAGGCUCAGCGGCCAUGGCUCACGGGCCCAGCCGCUCCGCGGCAUGUGGGAUCUUCCCGGACCGGGGUACGAACCCGCGUCCCCUGCAUCGGAAGGCGGACUCUCAACCACUGCGCCACCAGGGAAGCCCAAUAGCCCCCAUUUAUUGAGCCAUUGUGGACCUUGAGGGCUGGGAUAGGAAAGAUGUGGGUGUAGGGGCAUGGACAAGGGGAUUGCUCCUUACAGCACCAUAGGGGAUGGCAAAGAACUGGAACAUGGUAGUUGGCAAAACUUUGAAGUAUCAAUCAGCACGAUCAUUAUGUAAAAGGAGGUAUUAUCACCACUAGUGUUUUUGUCUGAUGAGAAAACUGAGUGUCAAAAAGAUGAACUAACUGGAGGCCACUGGGUAUCUAUCACUAGGGGAAUGAAUGGCUAAGGAAGGUGGACUCUGCCCUCAAGGGAAUCCUCUGCAGGGUCAGAAGCAACGAACCGUGUUUAUGUAUAGCAUCAUGGACAAGGCUCACAUACCACUGAGGGAAAAUUAGAGUUAAUACCAUUAACAUAAGUUUGGAAACCCACAUGCAAAAUUACACUAAAUAUUUUUCUAGGGCACACAAAAUCUAUAUAUACUUAUGGAAAUAGAUUAAAGAGAAACAACAUACACUAGAGUGGAUGCUUAUGGGAGGAAGGAAAUGAGAUUGAAUAUGGUGGAUGAGAGAGGAAAAUUAAAAAGGCUGCCUCCCAUGGGCAAAUGAUGUCAGUGUAUCAUAAACUGAGGCAUAUGAUCAACAUAAUUUGAUGCACCAGAGGUCCCUCAAAAGAGAGAAGAAUGGAAAAUAUUUGGGGCAGAAUCAUCGGAAAUUCUCCAGCAUACUGGGACUCCAGGGAGGUACAAAGACAACAGACAUUUUUGGGAUUGGCGAUGAGGGUUUGUAGAAUGUCUAUUCGGAGUGGGACAAAUGGGACCUAAUUAAAAUUAAAAGCGUUUGCAUAGCAAAGGAAACCAUCCACAAAACGAAAAGACAACCUACAGACUGGGAGAAAAUAUUUGCAAAUGAUGCGCCCGACAAGGACUUAAUUUCCAAAAUAUACAAACAGCUCAUAUAGCCAGUAUCAAAAAAACAAACAACCCAGUCAGAAAAUGGGCAGAAGACCUAAAUAGACAUUUCCCCAAAGAAGAUAAACAGAUGGCCAACAGGCAUAAAGUCAAGCAGCACUAGCUCAAGCACAUGCUUAUCCUGACUCAUAAGGAAUCCAGACACUUCGCUCAUCCAGUGGGGUAGGGAUCCAGAGGCAACCUGACAGAAGGGCCAGCGGGGCAACAACAGAGCACUGGUUAGGAGUCAGGAGUGUAUUUGAGACUUUGUAUUGCUAUAGCUUACAUAACCUUGGACAAGUCACUUAACAUUAUUCUUUGGGCCUCAUCUACGAAGUUUUUCUCUGUGAAGUUCUGAUAUUUAUAAUUUGAUUGAAUAGUGUACAGAUAUAAGUGGCCAAUAAACGCAUGAAAAAAUAUAUUCCAUAUAUUGAGCAAAAAUGUUCAAUACCUCAUUAGGGAAAUGCAAAUCAAAACCACAAUGAGCUACCACUUCACACUGCUAGGAUGGCUAGAAUUAGAGAGACAGGUAAAAAAAGUAUUGGCAAGGAGGAAGGGAAACUGGAACCCUCAUACAUUGCUGAUGAAAAUGUAAAGUGGUGCAGCUUUGGAAAGUAGCUUGGCAGUUCCACAAAAUGUUAAACAUUUAAAGUUACUGUAUAAUCCAGCAAUUCCACUCCUAGGUAUUUACCCAAUUGAAAUGAAAAUAUAUGUCCCCCAAAAAACUUGUACGUGAAUGUUCAUAGACAGCAUUAGCCCCAUAGUGAAACAACCCACAUAUCCACCAACUGAUGAACUGGCACACAUGAUGUGGUAUACCCAUACGAUGGGUAAUUAUUCAGCAUUUGAAAGAUGAAGUACCAAUACAUACUACAACGUGGACGGACCUGGAGCACAUUAUGUUAAAUGAAAGAAGCCAGUCACAGAGGCUGCAUACUGUAUGAUUCUCUGUAUGUGAAAUGUCCAAAGUAGGCAACUCCAUAGAGACAGAAAGUAGGGCCUAGAGGUGGUGGCAGGAGUGAGGAAUAAUUUUUGAUGGGUACAGGGUUUUUUUCUAAGGGUAGUUUCAGGGGGUCUGAAAUUAGAUUGUGGUCAUGAUUGCACAAUUCUGAGAAUAUACUGAAAACUACUGAACUGUACACUUCGAAUGGUAGAAUUUUAGGAUAUGUGAAUUAUAUCUCAAUAAAGCUGUUAAAAAAUCGUG